GGUCACAAGGUCAUCAGCAAGAUGGCGGCGCCCUUGGUUGAACAUGGGGGAAAGUUGCUUCUCUCCCAUUGUUCUCGCCGCCCCUUUUCCCGCGUAAGAAUACUCAAGCGCUCUCUCUGUUCUCCUGCAAAAGCUGAGGAUGAUAUCCAGUAUCAGGUUGUGGUUGUGGGAGGCGGACAUGCAGGAACUGAGGCUGCAGCUGCUGCAGCUCGAACUGGCGCCAAGACUUUGCUCAUCACACACAAGGUGGACACCAUAGGUCAGAUGUCUUGUAACCCAUCCUUUGGGGGCAUCGGUAAAGGACAUCUCAUACGGGAAGUGGAUGCACUGGAUGGGGUUUGUGGCCGAGUAUGCGACCUGUCUGGGAUCCACUACAAAGUUUUAAACCGAUGCAAGGGGCCUGCUGUAUGGGGUCUGCGAGCUCAGGUUGAUAGAACUUUAUACAAGCAAAACAUGCAGAAGGAGAUAUUGAACACACCACAGCUUACUGUAAGGGAAGGCUCAGUGGAAGAUCUGAUAUUGAAACCUGCUGAUCCCCACCACCCUGGGAAAUGUCAGGUCAGCGGGGUUGUCUUAGAGGAUGGGAGCAGAGUAAUAGCAGACAGUGUUGUGUUGACAAAUGGCACCUUCCUCCGUGGGAUAGUGAGGAUCGGAACGGAGGAAGUCCCUGCUGGGCGCUGGGGGGAGCAGCCUGCAGUGGGCCUUGCACAGACACUGGAAGGAUUGGGCUUCGCGGUUGGGAGGCUGAAGACUGGGACACCUCCUCGCAUUGCUAAGGACUCAGUAGACUUUAGUGUGCUCGUGAGAUCAGAGGCUGAUAACCCUCCGGUGCCGUUCAGCUUCAUGAGUGACCGUGUCUGGAUCAAGCCAGAGCUGCAGCUGCCGUGCUACCUAACGAAUACAACACCUGGUGUGGAGCAAAUAAUCAGACAGAAUCUGCAUUUGAGCAAUCAUGUGAAGGAGACCAGUGCUGGCCCUAGGUACUGCCCUUCUAUCGAAUCCAAGAUUUUGCGAUUCCCAGGCAGGAGUCAUCAGGUCUGGCUGGAACCGGAGGGCCUUGAUUCAGAUGUCAUCUAUCCCCAGGGUCUCUCGGUAACGCUGCCAGCUGAAGCCCAAGUGAGGCUUCUGCAGGAGAUCCCGGGACUGGAGAGAGUGCGCAUGCUUAGGCCAGGUUAUGGAGUACAGUAUGAUUUUCUGGAUCCCCGUCAGCUCCGAACCUCUCUGGAAACAUUGUUGGUUCAGAAACUGUUCCUGGCAGGACAGAUUAAUGGGACUACGGGCUACGAGGAAGCUGCAGCUCAGGGAAUUAUUGCUGGGAUAAAUGCUGCCCUGCGUGUGAAAGGUCACCCUGCCUUCUCUGUAAGUCGUACAGAAGGUUACAUCGGCGUUCUGAUCGAUGAUCUCACCACACAAGGCACAUCAGAGCCCUAUCGCAUGUUCACCAGCCGUGCAGAGUUCCGCAUGUCGCUGAGGCCGGACAAUGCAGAUGCCAGAUUAACGCUGAGAGGGUACGAGGAAGCAGGCUGCGUGUAUAAGGAACGUUAUGAACAAACUCUGUCUACCAUAAACACUCUGAAAGAGGGGCUGUCUGCGCUUCGUUCUCUGCAGUUCUCAUGCACCAGAUGGCAGCAAGUAAUUCCUAGCUCCCCUAUUAGCAGCACCAAAACCUCCUCUUUGAGUGCUCUGGAGUUGUUGCGCUAUAAUGAUAUUGAGUUUGAGACGUUGGCUAAAGUUUUCCCUGACACUCUGAAGAGAUUCAAUAAUAUUCGAGGAAUUGCUGAACGCCUUAAGAUAGAAGCGGUCUAUGAACUACAUGUCAAACAGCAGCAAAAAGAGAUUGCUGAAGUACAGCGAGACGAAUCUCUAGCUCUUCCUGAAGAUAUUGAUUACAUGAAUCUCGAUGAGACUGUCCUCUCCCAAGAGGUUCGAGAAAAGCUAUCUAUGAGCCGUCCUGAAACUAUUGGAGCAGCUGGCCGCAUUCCUGGGGUGACACCUGCAGCUAUAGUAAAUCUAUUAAGAUUAGUGAAAAAGGGGGCUCUCCACACAGGAGCCCAUAGGAAAGCUGAAAAGCUCAGAACGAGAGCAAGAAUACGCCCAUCUUUGAGCAAUACGAACAAAGAGCAGAGUGCUCUGUAACGAAGAAAGAAAGCACCUAUAUAUCUGUUACAUGUAUAUAGACAAUGGGGAGAAGGGUUCAAACUACAUGCUUUCCCGAUCUAUCUUAUAAAGAAGUCCCCUGUAACACUCACUGUCUUGGUACCACAUCUAGCUGUAUAUUUAUUAUUGUUUUUUGAUAUUCUGGUCAAGGUAAUUGGCAUCUAGUUAAAGGGACAUUGAAAUGAAUUCUUUAAUAUGCUGUAUGUAUAUGAAAUGUCAGCACCACAUUGCAAACGAUCUGCAAAGCAUUUAAAACUCAUUUUGCACACUAGCGAUACACAUAUUGAGAGGUCAGAUGCAGGUUAGCUUGUUCACAGAUCUAACAAAUCACUGUGUAGUAUAAUGCUGUAUACAGAAAACCUCAGGCCCAAUUCAUUAUAGAAAAAUGCACUACAGCCCCUUGAAAGAGUGAGAACCCCCCCCCCCCCCCCCAAAUAAAGCAAUAUAACUAAUGAA